GUUGAGAAAAUCUCAAACAUUCAUGUAAAUGUGACGCAGAAAGGAGCUAGAAAAUACAUUAAUUUAAUUAUUAAUUAAUUACGUUCUUUUUGUUUGCAAAAUGGAGCAUUCAGCUCCGUCGCCGGAAAAAGAAGACGAAGACUUACACGGCGGCGACGAUGAAGUGAUGAGCGAAGUCCACCUCGGAUGCCCACCCGGAUUCUCCGGACCUCACAUUUCCCGGUUCACCAUUUCCCUUCCACUCCCACACGAUCUUGAUCACAGCAAACAAAUUCAUGAAGAAUCAGAAACUCCGAUUCUAGAAUUCGAUCAAGACGGUGACCUAGUUCUACCUCGUCGUCGCACCAAAGAAGCAAAUGUAUCAUGUGAUGAUAAUAGGUAUUGUGUGAGAAUUCAGCAUAAUAUCACUUCCUCGAUUCCGAAUGUUGGCUUGCAAGUUUGGAGAGCCGAAUUGGUGUUAACUGAUUUUAUAUUGCAUAAAGCAUUGUGUUCAUCUGAGUCUCAUGGAGUUACUGCGAUUGAACUUGGCGCUGGAACUGGCUUGGCUGGUUUGUUACUUGCACGUACUGCAAAGAAAGUGUUUGUAACAGAUCACGGGUAUCAAAUACUUGACAACUGUGUGAAGAAUGUUCAGCUUAAUCGCGGAUUAUUGAAUAAUCCAGCUACAGUUUAUGUACAUGACCUUGAUUGGUUUGAUUCCUGGCCUCCCAGAGCCAGAGUAGGAGAAGCUACUUGCACUCAUAGAUAUUCUUGGACUUCAAGAGAUAUUGAAGAUGCAGAAAAUGCUACUUUGCUGAUCGCUGCUGAUGUUAUUUAUAGUGAUGACCUGACCGAUGCAUUCUUCAGUAUUUUAGAGAGAUUAAUGUCAAGGGGCUCAACUAAGGUGUUAUACAUGGCACUGGAAAAGCGAUACAACUUCAGUUUUUCCGAUCUUGAUGUCGUUGCAAAUGGAUAUUCACAUUUUCGCAGCUAUCUCAGGGAUGAGGAUGCAAUUGAAAGCUUCAAGUCUACAAGCAUGCCUAAUUUUGUGGGAAUGAAAAUGGACAUCUCUCAAAUUCCGCAGUAUGUUAAAGAAUAUGAAAGAACACACGAUGUUGAGAUUUGGCGCAUCAAGUACUGUGGACCAAAACAUGAAACCUCAGCUAUCCCAGGAUAAAAAUUGAAGUUGAAUUCUUAUAUUACCAAUGUUAUUUAUUUUGCUCAAUUUUAUAAAACUAAUUAAAAUGCAGUUAUUUUAUUCAACUGCAUAAUAAUAUUAUUAGGGGACUUUUUGGAAUUUGAAAAUUAUCUGUAAGAGUGCCAAACAUCAUGUUUGAGUUAGAUGAGAAUGUUUGUCAUGUUCGCUUGUUGUUUAGUUUUGGUUCAGAUACCUUUGAUUGUUUGUGCUGGUGGGAACAGUGCAUUUGCUUUGAAGAUUGUAGUAAAAGGGUCCAACUUUGAGAUUCCUUGACUAAUACUCUGGUUGGCACAACUAAUGAAAACGAUGACAGAUCUUAAAUCAGCACUUUGAAUAAUUAUUAAAUUAAAUUAAACUAAACAGGCAAAUCAACAAGUGCAUUUAAGGCUGUAAUUCUCCAUCUUUAUCAGAGGAAGAGGGAUCAAGAAUAAAAGGUUGAAGCUUCUCUGUAAGCUGUUUAUUUUGCCAAGUUUAAAAAAAAAAAAAAAAAAUUAAGCAUAGCAUUAUUUUCAUUUAAAAAGUUAAGCAUAGCAUUAUCUUAUUUUUUUUUGUAGAUCAUAUUUUUCUUUUUGACCUAGUUAUCGAAAUAUUGAGUCC